AUGCACUCAACAUUCGCGCGCGUGAGCACGACAACGCCUCUCUCGUCGAAAUCGGCCACGAGGUCGGCGGGCGCAUCGGCUGUCAAGUCCGUCGCCUUCCAGCCCAUGGCCAGCGCCCACGCAGCCACGCUGUCGCUCGGCGCCACGGCCGGCGUGGCCCAGUACUGCGGGACGCGCGCCCACGCGUCCGGGUCCGGCGGCGCCUGCGCCUGCCAGGCCGUGCUCGCCGCGUCGAGCGGCGCCGCCGGCAGCUGCGCGAGGACGUCCUGCGAGCUCGCCUCCGACACGUUGAAGGGCGCGAGCGGCUCGACCGUCGGCGGCGGCCAGUACGGCUUGGGCGCGAUGACCGUCACCCCCAGCAUGUGCUCCAGGAGCGUGUCCUUGGUGCCGUCGAGCAGCGUGUCGAUGAAGUUGCCGGCGCUGCCGCCCGCGAGCGGAUCUUCGUCCGACGAGUCUAUUGGCGCAGCAGCCGUGAUGGUCAUCACGCUGGUCAGUUUGUUUGCGUUCUGCAUGGGUCGAGCAUAUAUGGUCUGCCCGCUGCCCAGAGUCGAUGCGCCACUGGUUACGCCGGCACUGUCCGAUGCGAACGGGGACGUAACGCUGAACUGGAAAGCCCCGGCUCGGACCGGCCACGCCACGACCACCGACACAGCUGAGCUGCUGAGCUCCGUCGAUCGUGUCGAAGUCAUUCUCGGGGCCACUCUGUGUUUCGGUCUCCUUGGACGCAAUGGCCAAGGCAGCGGGAGCCAUGUCGAAUCCAAACACCCAGAAGUCGACGUGCACGUAUCCGUGAAUCGGUGGCCCUUCGAUGAAGAGCUGUGCUCCGAUGUCGACGUUGAUAUGGAUUGUGCAGAUCCAAAGAUCCAGCGUGAACUGCACUCCGACGUCGAUUCCCGCGUCGCCCAUGAAGUAAAAGGCCUUCAGCUCGCCUCCGCCCAUGGCCACCUUCGGCGUCAGGGCGAAGUACGCCUGGCCCGAGAUGCUGAGGCUGUCGUCAAGCGACCAAGAGAUGGCGAGUCGGGGCGCGUUGGGAUAGUACGACGGCGGCGUAAAGCGAGGGUGGUAGCCGCCGACGGUAAAGACCCAGUCGCCGGCGUGCUGGUUCGAGCCGAACCAGUAGGCCAGAGCAAAGCCACCGGUGAGGUGACAGGCCGGGUCGAGGAUGAAGGAGGCACGGCCUGGCUGGACUGGUCUGGCGGAGCCGGUGAUGGGAAGGAUACACGCACGUCCGCAAAGAUGCCCAGGUUGAUGUUCGAUGCCGUGAACUCCACAGCAACGACGGCGCUCAUGUUCAAGAGCUUGAACGCAUCCACGUCAAGGCCGGCGGCAAGCCACACGGUGCCUUUCUUGGUGCGGAUCGGUUCCGAGCUGGGAAUGGUUGACCAGCGGAUACGACGUGACGGUGUCGAUGGUGGGGAACUUGAGGUCCGUGUUGUAGCCGAAGCCGCCGCAGAUGCCCGUAAUUUCGGCAAAUUCGAGCUCGACGAGCGGGCCCUCCAGCAGGCAGAACAGGCCGACCGUCUUGGUCCCGUCCGAGAGGAUGCCGUAGCACCCGGCGGCCAAGAAGAGAUAAGGCUCAAACGUCACUACGACGCCGCCUAG